AUUGAAAGAACUCAAAUAAAUGGGGUGGGCCAGGGACAGUCCUCCAAGCCAGAAAGGAGGAGUGGGCAUUCCUAGACAGGCUGAGGGGAACUGGUACACCUGUGCAAGUGGAUGGGGAGGAGCCGGUACACCUGUGCAAGAUGGAAGGGGAGGAGCCGAUACACCUGUGCAAGAUGGAUGGGGAGGAGCCGGUACACCUGUGCAAGAUGGAUGGGGAGGAGACGGUACACCUGUGCAGGAUGGAUGGGGAGGAGCCGGUACACCUGUGCAAGAUGGAUGGGGAGGAGCCGGUACACCUGUGCAAGAUGGAAGGGGAGGAGCCAAUACACCUGUGCAAGACUGAAGGGGAGGAGCCGGUACACCUGUGCAAGACUGAAGGGGAGGAGCUGGUACACAUGUGCAAGACUGAAGGGGAGGAGCCAGUACACCUGUGCAAGAUGGAAGGGGAGGAGCCGGUACACCUGUGCAAGACUGAAGGGGAGGAACUGGUACACCUGUGCAAGAUGGAAG